UUCAAAAUGCCUCGAGGCGUCGAUCAGCAGCAACUUGAGCGGCCUGUCGCUGUCGCAGCAGCAGCUGAGCAACCAGCUAAGCAACAACAUGGCCACAGCUUUAGAAUCGAAUGCGGCUGCCGCAAGCUGCGAACACAAUGGCAAAACAACAAGUGCAACGAGUUCGCCUGCGCGUAAACAAAAGACAAUACUCGGUUGGCUAACAAAGAGCGCGAGUGCGAAUGCGAGUGCGAGUGCUAGUGUUGAUUAUAGCGAUAAGAACGAUAGCGAAAACAUUGAAACAAAUUGCAAUUGCAAUUGCGAAACGCGUGCAUUUCGUGAUUUUCGCGGUGUGCAAACCUUGAGAUUGCUUUGGAGCAAACGCAUACACAGCGCCAGCCAAGAAGCUGCCGCCCAACAGCAGCAGCAGCCACAACACUCUGCCACUGUUGGUUUGGGCACGCUGCGUAAGCUAAACAAGUCGGUUAGUUGUUUAGUUAAUGCGUUUAAUAACGCGCGAGAUUGGCCCGCCCAUACGCAUGAGACGCGUGCCAAACGCGCGGCCAGUUUGCAUAAUCUGCAGGAGACGCUGCCAACGCUGGCAACGCAAUUGCAUCUGGAGAAGGAUAAUUUCUAUAAAUACAAAAACGCCGAGCAGGCCAAAAUGCAGAGCAAGGCGCUGAAGGUAAAAGCGACGGAGCUGGAGCAGCGACUGCCCCAGCGCCAUGACGUCAUGCAGUCAACAGAGAGUGACGCAGGCUUAUCUGCUGCUGAGAGCGAGCAGCAGCAGCUAGAACAAGAGCAAGAGCAAGAGCUGGAGCAAGCGCCAGAGCAUCUUAUCAACUGUGUGGCAAAGCCAGAGCGCGUUAGUCUGAGCGCAGCCAGCGGCAGCAGCGAUUCACUGCAAACAUUAAACUCCACGAAUUCCUCAAAAGCAACUGUGACGUCAGCCAGGCAAACGCGUCGCAAAUACAGCUUCAAAACACAUGCGGGCAAGUCAUACCAUCAUCAUACGCCACGCCGCAUGUCCAGUCACAACUACACUCAGCUACAAAAUCACAGCGCCGAGCUGAGCGCUGUGGUUGCCGCCAACAGCAGCAGCAGCAGCCACCUUAGCGGCGAUGGCAGCGGGCAGAGCUUGGUGCGUCAGCUGACGCAGCAGUUCAAUGAGAUCAUACAGAAGGAUGCGCGACUGCUGCAGCAGGUCAAGCGCAACAAUGGGGUGUUGCUGGCGCGUGGCACGCAUGUCUACAAGAUUGUGGAGAAGCCAAGUGCGCAACAGCAGCAGCAACAGCAGCAGCAGCAAUCGACAGUGCAGCGCAACAUUAAGAAAUUUGAAAAGCUGGAAAAGCCUGCAGUGCCGAUUAAGACGCAACAGCUGCUGCAGCUUAUGCAUAAUCAAAGACCCAGCACAUUGAGUCUAAGCAAGCAAAUGCGCAACAAGCGCAAGCAGCAGCAGCAGCAGCAACAACAACAGUUGUUGCAAACAACAGGAGCAACAGUUGCCUGAGCUGCCAGAGGAAACAAAGCAACAGCAAGCGCCCAUCAGCGCUGCACGAAGGCGUAGUCGGAUGUGGAAGAUGUGGCGCCAGCAGCUGCAACUGCAACAGCAACAGUUGUUGCUGCUGAGCUU